GAGAGAGUUGACGUUUGGGACGAUUACUUUGCAAUAAGUUGGUCAGUUUUGAGAGGCAGAGUCUCGAUGUUGUAACUGAGGGGUAUUCCACUAGCAAACACCGAGCGGCGGAAGAUUUUGCAAGAAAAUAAAAGCUGCAAAGCAUCCAGUGGGUGGCUUUUUCGAAAGGGUGGGGGUGAUCCUGUCGUGUGGAGUCGGUAGUUAAUCUGGUGACGCUGGUGAGAAACUCGGGGGAAAUGUCUCUCUCUCUCGCUAUUUUAUUUCUGCUCCAGGUUUUUGUCUUCGGAUCAACAGCCUCUGGCAUCUCUGAAGGGCUGCCUGACCUGAGGGUGGAUAUCAGGGAAGAGCUGGGGGACUUAAGGCUGGAAGUUAAAGAGAGUGGCGCUCAGCUUCUACUUGAAGACAAGAUGGAAGGAACAGGUGCACCAAAUCUUAACCGGGGUUCAGAAAAGUUGAGAGGAGUGAGCUCUGGAGAAACGUUACGAAGUAUAACUGUCUUUACCCUGAAGCCCGAGAUGAGGUUACGGCGGGGGGGCGAUGAGAAUGGCAAAGUUAUCCCCGAGGAGUCAACAGCCACUUCUCCGCAAAACAACUCAAUGGAGUCUCGCCACUUCUCGACAACCCACUUCCAAAUCACUUCGAGGAUCCCUCUUUCUUCGCUCAAAGAUGAAGGGGCGCAAACACAAGACGAAAGUACGGGUCGAAUUGCCGGUGAACAGCGGAAUGAAGUGGAGACGACGGCGGAGAGGCUUCAAUUGGAGAGCAAUCUGUACUCGGUCACUGACACCACUUAUAGCGCGUAUGCGGUGGUACUUCUCUCCCUGAUACUCUUUAUCGUCGGGAACAUCGGAAACCUGGCCGUGAUGUGCAUUGUUUGCCACAACUAUUACAUGAAGAGCGCCUGGAACAAUAUUCUGGCUGGCCUGGCUUGUUGGGACUUCUUCGUCAUCUUCUUCUGUCUGCCUGUGGUUGUCUUCAAUGAGAUCACAAAGAAACGGUUGCUUGGAGACAUCGGCUGUAAGGUCGUGCCUUACUUGGAGUGUAUGUCCACAAGAAAAUGGAUCUCAGCACCGAGGCUGUGAACUGCUGUCAUCUCUGAGUUUUGCGCUGUUUUUGUCCCACUAGUAUGAUGAACUGAGAUCGAGGCUUGGGCCUACUCCAGCUGCUCCGCAGAGCAGAUCUAAGGACUCAGUCUAGUUCAGAAUGCUGUCAUUUGCUCUUAUUGUUUUCGCAUGAUACGUGUGUGUGUGUUUUCCCCUCUUUAUCAGUGCAGUGGUUAUGGUCUUUGAGUUGGAUUCUUCGAGUUUCUUGCUUUGUGGCUGCCUGUAAGCAAACAAAUCUUAGGGUGUAUAAUUUAUAGAUUCCUUGAUAAUAAAUGUACAUUGAACUUGAACAUUGAACUCCCUAUAGGAGGUCAUGGUGCAGUUUAGCCAUUUUCUGCUGUUGGGCAUUAAAUGUGGAAAGAUUUUUUUCUACUUUAAGGAAACAAAUGUUGAUUUAUUUCAGUUCUACAAAUCUUUAUGGUACCUUCUUGCUCUUUCCUUUAAGAUAUCCUUAAAAUAAAACAUUUAACAGAAAAUUAUUAUUUAUUUGGUUAAUUUCAGUGUCAAAACCUUCACUUUGUCUUAAAGGUCAGAUCUUAAAUCACUUAUUCUGAAGGAUAAUAGUGUCAGUCUUUGUUUGUUCUCACUUCCUCAAGUUGCCCAGAAUGUUCUAAAAUGUGCACCAUGUAAAUGCAAGAUUUUAUGGUUUCUAUUCUGUUUCCUCAUAUUGACAAUUGUACUUAACUGGGUUUCUCUUGGUGAAUUCAGGCCUGUUUUUCAUACAUAAUUGAUGCAUUAUCGUCCUUGAAGGAAAAUAAGGCAUACAGCUAAAAAAAAAGCAUUAUACCCUUUCUGUACUUAACGUUACAAAUCUUUAAAGUACCCACAGGCAAGCACAAGUCAGCUAACUGAAGUCAGGUGAGAGUAACACAACGGAUUGAAAGUUUAAUGAUUGUUCUCAGAUAUCUGAGUAUCUCAUACUCCGAUGAUUUUCUAUUGAAACUGGCAGCUUUCUUCCACCAAUAGCAAGAAUGAGUCAGUCAAUGGAACAAAUGGAGCGAGAUCAAUGCUAAACAAAUACUCUGCCAAAGAACCAGGCUACUACUUUGAUGAAUAACACCAGCCGAGUGAGUUAGCCAAUGCACAUCAGUAGUUUUAAUUUUGCCUGGGACAAACCUGUUGCAUCUUUCUUUACUAACAGCUAAUGAUGACACUCCUUUGGCCACCACAGUCAUAGAUUUUAAAAUGAAUGACACAUGAAAGGAAAUGCAGUUCUUUGAUUGUCUCGGCUAGCUUUGAUGCCCGUUUCUGCAAUUAACCGAUAGUGGAAAACAAUAAACGUUAGGAAAAUAUAUUAAAAUGCUUACUUAGGUAAUGAUUACUUAGGUAAUCAACAGGAAGAAAAUGAUUUGAUAAAAUUUCUAUUGAGUGGCUCAUAAUGAAAUCCGGUGAGCUGUGUAAACACGUUAUGUAACAUACUUUGUUGGAAGAUGGAUAGGAAAGGUUGAGGAAUAUGGACCAAAUGCUUUUAAAUGAGAUAGGUGGGCGGCUUGGUUGGCAUGGGUGUUUUGGGCCAAAAGACCUGUUGCUGUGCCAUAUUACUCUAUGACUAAUACCAUGCCAAAUGGUGUGGAUACAUACCAAUUUACAUGUAAGUUAUUAGCAGUUUUCAGAAUAUACUUGAAUCUUAGUGAAGUCGCCCUAAAAGAGAGGGAAUCAGAUGCCCUCCAGUGUUAAAAGGAAAAUGUCAGUGAAGUUUGAAGCUGGCUUGCUCUUGUGUGCCCCCUAGUGUCUAAUGCAGGAUAGUGAAAGCAAAAUCUUAGAAAUGAGCCUCCUUUGUUUUCUUCAGAUGAUAAAUAGCCUGGUAGAAGAGAGCAUUUUCAUUUGCCAUACUACAAGAUGCCUGUCUGUAACUAAGCUUCUUCAAUAUAUGCCAUUUUGAUUUAAUAGCAAUCAUUCUCUACAUAAAUAUUCUACGGUACAUUCAGAACUCAUUUACAGCAUUGUUGCUUUCAACACUAGAAAUAACACAUUGCUUUCAUUUAUUUCUAGGAUCAAAAACUAUCUCAAAACCUUCAUAAAAAGAUUCCACAAUAACAUUGUUAUAAACUCGAUCACUGUUUUUCACAUUAGUGCUUACCACCCCAUUUGAUAUGGAACUUUCUUUGUGCAGAAUAUUUUUAAGUGCUCUGCAGGAUCAAAAUUAAUAGCUUAAUGGGUGGCUUUUGAUUCAGUGAUAUUCAAAUAGUUCCUGUAGUAAACAUGACAGAUUUCUUUUUGAUCAACUGAAGACCCUAUCAAAUGGAUGAAGACAGUCAUCAUGACCAUAUUUACUGGGUAUUGUCUCAAAGGCCAUAAAAGGGCCUUGGCCCAAAAUGUCAACUUUUAUUCCCCUCCAUAGAUGCUGCCUGAAUUGCUGAGUUUCUCCAGUAUUUUGUGUGUGUUACCAGAAUACUUGAGGUUUGUUCCAAAAUAAAGUGAUACAUUUCACGUUUAUAUAAAAUUGAGCAAUAUUUAUCGCAAUGUAUAAUACAAUUUGUUAAUUUUUAGAAGACAUUUUGAUAAUGUCUACUCUUCAAAACAAAGAUCUAUUUAUAAGUUCCAAGGAAAACAAAAUCAUACUGGUUCAACCAAUCAAUGAAUAAACUACAUUAUAUGCACAACUGUCUGUGAAGGACACAUUGAAAUCCUUUAUCAAUAAAUGAUUGUUCUGAACACAACAUGUAUGUGUGAUAAGAAUGUAUUAAGAGAGUAUCAUCAUUCUUGGCUCAGGAACAAACUCAAGGAAGUAGAAUGCAGUCCGCUCCCCUAUACUUUUGCCAGUGCUGGACAAUGUUUGUCUUAUUCAAAUUUGCGCUGAGUGGAGCUGAGAAAGUCAAACUAUCAAUUCUGAGCACUACAAAUUGUUUAGCGGCCAAGAAUAUAGCCAAGGAGUUCAGUUUAAUUUGCUGAAGUAUGCAAACAUCUUUGAAAGGGAAUUGAACAGUUUGCAGUAAGUAGAAUAAACACAGGAACUACAUUUUCUAACAUUUUCUGCUCUAUUUAGAUCUUGAGGAAGUUGAAAUAUGAAAAGCAAAUUCACCAGAAAGAAACCUUUAGCUGCUGGAAGGAAGGAAGCUACACAUGGAGCAAUAAAUAUUUUAAAAUGUUGCCUGAGCUCAGGCAAGAUUUGCUAUGUUGUUGGUGGUUACCAGGAGCAACGGCACCAAAUGACCUUUAGCAGAAGACAUAUGCAUUCCAGAGCCUUAGUACAUUCCUGCAUGUUUCUGUGAGACAUAAUUCAUGUAGCAAAAUUCUUACAUUUUAAAAAUUAUAUUAAAGGGAUUGUCUCUGCUUUAUUUUACAAAUUUGAUCAAUUAGGAAUCACACCUAAAUUCAGAAUAUAGCUGUUGUGAAAUCCAAUGCUUGCACAAAGUAAUAUGUGAAUUCCUCAAUGAACCAACUGAUUGGAUAAUAAUCCCAAGGAUUAUUUGUUCAAAUGUCUGCUCAGUAGGAAAUUUUUCAUGUGUUAAUUUAGAUGGUGAUUAGUGAGCUAUGUAACUGCAGUGUAAAAGGCCUAAUUCCAUUAACGCUCAUUGACUUUUUCCAGAAAGGGUCAUCAGCUAGUAAAAAAGAGUGCAAAACUCAAGCCCAGUCAAUAAUGUAGAAUCCUGUGAGGUCAAAUUGUUUUCCUUGCUUAAUGGCUACCAAUGGUCAAAAUAUGGGAUUCCCAAUCUAUAUGAGUUUGUGCUGAACAAUUCCUUUAUUCUAAGGUUCAAAAGUUCAAAGGUCCAAUUUAAUGUCAGAGAAAUGUAUACAAUAUACAUCCUGAAAUGCUUUUUCAUUGGAAACAUCCACAAAAACAGAGAAGUGCCCCAAAGAAUGAACAACAGUUAAACGUGAGAGUCCUGAAGUACCCCCUCCACCGCACCCCCAUCCCAAAAGUAAGCAGCAGCAAGCAAACGAUCCUUCUCCCCACCCCCCACCCCCACAUUGGUACCGUCACUGGGCCCAAGUGUGUGCUAAGCAAUAACAAAGACCCAGACCAAAGUUACUCCAAAGGCUUCACAUUUCAUCCGAUAUGCAACAAACCACAAGUUCUCUCUUUCUCU